CAUACAUAAACUAAAGCAAGCUAUACAAUGAACCAACCAUUAUUCGCGUCGCUAUUAUUCUGGGACGACUGUGCUUGAGCGGUGGAUGCCUUGUCGACUAUAUGCAGCGACAGUAUCAAAACAAUGCAAAACAUGAAUGUAGUAAUGAAGCUGGCUCAUGAUAACGAGCUGGCAUAACAAGCUCGCCGGUCAACAAAGGCAACCGCGCGUUGACCGGGGCUUUUCCAGUCUGCAAAGGGCCCGGCGUAGUACCAUGUCGCUGAGCCAGGCGCAAUGGCGUACAUUAGCUCCAGGUCCGCCGUGCGCGGGCCCGUUUUUGUGGUGUCAAGGUUGCAGGUUGGGCUGCGAGCUGAUGGCGCACGGUCUGCCCGCCGUGCUUGCGCCCUUUCCCGCGGCUGGAUGGUGUCAAGCCCGCAGGGCAUGGAGCUGGCUACAGUUGCUAUGGCAUCGCAAUCAGGUUAAGGCCCGCCGUGCUCGCGCCCUUUCCCGUGGCUGGAUGGUGUCAAGCCCGCAGGGCAUGGAGCUGGCUACAGUUGCUAUGGCAUCGCAAUCAGGUUAAGGCCCACCGUGCUCGCGCCCUUUCCCGCGGCUGGAUGGUGUCAAGGCCGCAGGUGGCGCGAGGACUGCAGUCAAGCCGGAUGGAUGGUGGAGUGAGCUAGGACAUAUGCUGCGAUGUUGGCGCAUGGUGUCCAUGAAGGUGCUGCUUAGCGCUCAGGUGGCUGCUAUGGAUUCUGGAGGCCAGACCAUGCCUAGUCACUUGUGUGAAUCAGCUUGGAGGUAGGCUGCGUGUGGACUUCCCAGCUGCAAGGGACUUUAUCCCUCUGGUCUUGUGAAGGGCAAGGCAGGGCAUGACCACUGCGGUCUUGUAAUAGCUGUUGGGU